GGGCAGCCCCGGCGGCGCAAGUUCGCCGGAGUCCCCAUCGAAGAGGUGAUCAAAGUGACCAGGUGCCGAAUCUGCGACGAGAAGGGCCACUGGGUCGAGGGGGUGUCCGAAGCGCUCGGCCACCGAGAAGGAUCGCCAGAUGGUCUCCUACUCCUUCUCUGGCUGCGGGGCGGAGCCCCCGUCGGAGUUGCUGGCGACGCAGAAGGAAGUCAAGGGGCAUAUCCACGAGAUCUACCUCGUGUCGAGACCCACUCAGGGACUCGUGGAUCCGGGCGCUGGCAGCGAUCUCGUGGGCAGAGACUCGCUGAAUCGUGAAGCAGUCGAGCUGGCGCGCCUAGGACUCACCUACGUGGUGGUACCUGGGGCAUCGGGCACGGCGGCAGACCCAUGGAGCAUCGCGGGAGCGAUCGAGGCGACCGUGCUGGAGGAGGACGUGCCACACAUCAUCAGUGCGAGCCUGCUCGACUUCCUGGGAUGCGCGAUCGACACGCCAGGGAACAGCACGCGGGUGCAGAGGCUCGAGCUCGCAGUCCCUCUCGCCAUGUUGGCGUCGGGACAUAGGAUGGCGGAUGUAGUUUCGCCGCUGCGAGCUCGCCCUCGAGCUCCCGCCAGUGCACUGUUGGCCUAUCCUUUCUUGACGGCCAAUGCUUUCUGCCUAGCCGCGGGGCAGCGCCCGCUAGAGAUGAGCCCGGGUGGGCCCAUCCGGGAGGCCGCCAGGUACAUCAUCACCUUCAUCUGCGUCAUCAUGCUCCCCCCGAUCCUUGUCGCGGAUAUCAUCCACAUUCUGUCGCGCGAGGUCUUGGGGAACCUAGAGGGCACCCAG